AACUCUAAUUCCAACUGGUCUUCUUCUUGAAACUUAGUCAUUCUUUAGGGAAAGGAAUCAAAUUCCUUGCUCGUAUUUCUUUUGAUUUUAGCCGAACAAAUUAUUUUUGAUAAUGGGUUUGAAGGGAUUUGUUGAAGGAGGCAUUGCUUCGAUUGUUGCUGGGUGUAGCACUCACCCUCUUGAUUUGAUUAAGGUCCGGAUGCAACUCCAGGGCGAAGCGUCUGCGCCCAAUCCGGCCAUUCGUCCGGCUCUUGCUUUUCCGACGUCUGCCGCCCAUCCCCACCAUCACGUCCACCUCUCUCCGCCACCCCGUGUUGGGCCCGUUUCUGUUGGGGUUAGGAUUAUUCAGCAAGAUGGUGUCAAAGCUCUCUUUUCCGGCGUUUCUGCCACCAUCCUCCGCCAGACCCUGUAUUCCACCACCAGAAUGGGACUGUACGACAUCCUGAAGAAAAAAUGGACUGAUCCCAACACAAAAAAUAUGCCUUUGAUGAUGAAGAUCACGGCAGGACUCGUAGCCGGUGGGAUCGGAGCCGCCGUGGGGAAUCCUGCUGAUGUCGCUAUGGUUCGAAUGCAAGCCGAUGGCCGUCUCCCUCUGGCUCAGCGGCGCAAUUACAAGAGCGUGGUGGAUGCCAUUUCUCAAAUGGCCAAGAACGAGGGCGUAACUAGCCUGUGGCGCGGAUCUUCCCUCACCGUGAAUCGCGCCAUGUUAGUGACGGCUUCUCAGCUCGCCUCAUACGAUGAAUUCAAGGAAACAAUACUGGAAAAACACUGGAUGAAGGACGGUCUUGGCACCCACGUGACGGCCAGUUUCGCUGCCGGGUUCGUGGCGGCGGUGGCCUCCAACCCGGUGGACGUGAUUAAAACGCGAGUUAUGAACAUGAAAGUGGAGCCGGGUAUGGCUCCACCUUACAAUGGGGCCCUGGAUUGUGCACUGAAGACAAUUCGGGCCGAGGGGCCCAUGGCGCUUUACAAAGGAUUCAUUCCCACGAUUUCUAGGCAAGGACCGUUUACAAUUGUGCUAUUUGUCACGCUGGAACAGGUCCGAAAAUUGCUUAAAGAUUUCUAAUAAAAUAUUAUGUGACCAGAUGA